GUCGCGCCGCGAGUGCGCGCGCGCGCGGCAGUGCAACAUCACGCGCCAAACAUCCGAUCGCCGUGGAGCGCGCGCGACCUGCGGGUUUUUACCUCCUCUGGAUCCACAUCUGCGCCGAUGACACGAGAGUCGCGCUGAAAACACGGAGCUCUCACCUGCCCCACUGAGAGCGCGCGUGAGCGCGCGUGCGCGCGCGUCCGCCCCCCGUUUCUCCAGAGCGCCCUCCGAGAUGCUUUUUUAAUUGGAUUCGCUAAGAAGGGAGCGGGUCACGGGGCGCGAGAGCACCCCCCGCCCCCACCCUCAUCCCCACCCCACCCCACCCCACGAUCGCCAGCCCGCGAUCGGGCUGCAUGCGCGAGACGUCCCUCCCGAGCCACGCCGCCGCGCGCCGACCCGCACCAUGGGGGACAAAGGCACGAGAGUUUUUAAGAAAGCGAGUCCAAAUGGGAAACUGACUGUUUAUCUGGGGAAGAGGGACUUUGUGGACCAUGUAGACCUCGUGGAACCUGUUGAUGGAGUGGUUCUGAUUGAUCCAGAAUACCUCAAAGAGAGGAAAGUGUUCGUGACCCUGACGUGUGCCUUCCGCUACGGACGAGAAGACCUCGACGUUUUGGGGCUGACUUUUCGAAAGGACCUCUUCGUCGCCAACGUGCAGGCCUUCCCGCCGGUGCCCGAGGAGAAGAAAACGCCGACCCGUCUUCAGGAGCGCCUCAUUAAGAAGCUCGGAGAACACGCUUACCCCUUCACCUUCGAGAUUCCUCCCAACCUGCCUUGUUCCGUCACUCUGCAGCCAGGGCCCGAGGACACGGGGAAGGCUUGUGGCGUCGACUUUGAAGUGAAGGCCUUUUGCGCAGAGAAUGCCGAAGAGAAAAUCCACAAAAGGAACUCGGUGCGUCUCAUCAUAAGGAAGGUCCAGUACGCCCCGGAGAAACCGGGCCCCCAGCCCAUGGCCGAAACCACGAGGCAGUUCCUCAUGUCGGACAAACCCCUGCACCUGGAGGCCUCGCUGGACAAAGAGAUUUACUACCAUGGAGAACCGAUCAGCGUCAACGUUCAUGUCACAAACAACACAAAUAAAACAGUGAAGAAGAUCAAAAUAUCAGUGCGUCAGUAUGCAGACAUCUGCCUCUUCAACACGGCACAGUACAAGUGCCCCGUGGCCACUGAGGAGUCAGAUGACAUCGUUGCGCCCAGUGCUACGUUUUGUAAAGUGUACACGCUUACGCCGUUUCUCGCCAACAACCGAGAGAAGAGGGGUUUGGCCCUCGAUGGGAAGUUAAAGCACGAGGACACAAAUCUGGCCUCCAGUACACUGUUGAGAGAAGGCGCCAAUAAAGAAAUCCUGGGCAUCAUCGUCUCUUACAAAGUGAAAGUGAAGCUGGUGGUGUCCCGUGGCGGGCUCCUGGGGGACCUCGCUUCCAGUGAUGUCGCUGUUGAGCUUCCUUUCACAUUAAUGCACCCUAAACCAGUGGAAGAGUCAUUAUACAGAGAUGUCCCAGAAAACGAAGCGCCUCUGGACACAAAUCUGAUAGAAUUUGACACAAACGACGACGACAUCAUUUUCGAAGACUUUGCACGGCAGAGACUGAAAGGGGCCAAGGAUGACAAGGACGAGGACGAGGAAGGUGCCAAUUCGCCCAAGCUCAAAGACAGAUAGACACGUGAGGCACGUGAGCCUCGCGCCGGGAGGCUGCGGUACGUACAGGCGUGCGGUGUGUGUGCGGCCGGAGGGAUGAGACGGCGGCACGGUGGAGACCCUCCGCAAAUCACCGCUGAUUCUCUUCUGCUCUGCUCUUCCCUCUUCCUUUCUCACAUGGACAUGUCAACGGUAGGGAGGUGAUUCUGGGAUUUCGGUGAGCUGCCGGAGUUUGUAGGCCUUUAGGGCUUUAGGGCUUUAGGGCUUUAGGGCUCCGGCUCGUUGUCCACUAAAUGUAGAGAACGGUAGAUGCUAAAUUUGGGCAAAAACAGGCUGAGAAAUAAACCUUUAUUCCUUUAUAGCAUGUCUUUGUGGAAUUCAACUUAAUGCACAAUACAACAGAGAAUUCUGUAUUAUAUCUUUUUGUAGGUUUUUUUAAAGAAAGUAGCCGGGGAUACAAAAUACUGCCAAAUUAGAUUCUCUCAUGUCUUUUUGUAAAUACAUAUGAAUGUUACGGACAGGAGGGGGUGAAGGGGCAUACGUGCAUUUCUGAUGUUCUGUUGCUGUUUACUCAGAUAUGUUUACAAUUAGCGUUCGUAUGACACACUUUCAGCCAUAAACAUUAUUAUUAUUAUUAUUAUUAUUAUUAUUAUUACUUUCAGCCAUAAACCUUUGGGUCCUAUUAUUGCAGUUACACAAACGUAAAAAACUCCGUUUGUGGACUUUUAUUUAUUAUUCCAGUAAAAUACAAGGACUUGCAGCUCUGGAAGGUGUUGCCUUCGACUGGGUGCCGAUUGACAGAGACAAACACACAGUCCGCAGUAUUUAUACAUAAGUACGUUCCCUUUCACCGUAGAGGAGGCAGGCAUUCACCAGAAUAUUUAUGCCACCCAAUGUGCUGUUUUCAGUUGAAAUGGCCAUUAUUGCAUAGUUGUGCGAGCGCUUGUAAACAUAUCUGCGUGUCGGAUAUUUGGCGCGAGCUGAUGUUUGAUAAGCAGAGAAUUAUGACUCUUAAUAGUCCGUGUGAAACAAGUUAUCAUUUAUAUGGGUGGCCUUUUUGUGAGGUGGAACACCUGUACACUAAGAUAGAUGAGAUGAAAACAUUUUCGUAAUCUUUCGCAACAGUUAUUUUUUACUCUGGAUGCAAUUACUUAGAUUUUUUCAUUAUAUGCAUGUAGUAAUGAGCAGACCUGACCUGUUAUACCUGAUUGAGACGAUAUACUUCCAGAUUUCGCUGUAAUGUCCCAAUCGGUUGUGCUGUCUACUUUUAAUUGCAUAAGUCAUGUUUUUAAUUUACACAUCACUGGCAUCUGCAUAUGUAUUUAUUAAUAUUGAAAGAGAGAUAAUGAUAAAGUGUAAAAACAGCCCCUGUCUGUCAUUUUCAGUCGGCUAAUUACACUUUUCCAGUGUUUGCAGCCUGGGCUCAGCAUAUCGCUUCAGGUAACGGAUUAAAUUUAAUUAAGUGUUUUCUUGUUACUUUGCAACAUGUUCAAAGGCAAAACAAUAUGGUUAUUGCCAUGGUAGUGAAUAAAUCAGUAUCUGUCUUUUCCCCAAUAACAGAGCAUCAGUAGUUUUUCUUUUUUUGCAUUUUUAGUGACAGUGUCAUGAUAAUCGGUAUGAAUUUUUUUACAAUAUAAUAUGUAAGACAUUAGUAGAUAUUUAGUGUGAUACUUCAAAAGUUGUUUUGUACAGAAAUAGUUUGCUACAAAAUAAUUUCCUUUCACUCAUUUAAACAAAGAAAAAUUGCUGGAAAACGUAGAACAAAUGAAUGGGUGAAACUCCAGGCCCCCUUCAUAAAUAAGGUGUAUAAAUAACUAUUUCCACGACUGUAAGGUCAACCGGCGCUUCUCAGUCAUCUUUAAGGACUUACAUGUUGAGCAGUUUGCAUAUGAUAUUCUGUAUAUUUUACUUUGCACUUUUGUUUUGCCGUUUUUUUAACUCCACUUAAUUAAUUACAAUUUCACAAAUUAUAUCAGAUGGUUUCAGAAGCUGUAAGAAUGUGUUUCCCAGCACAAUGUUGUUUUAUUUGGACAUGUGGACCUCUUGAUAAUAACUAAAAUGUUGAGUAUGUACUUUGUUUUAAUUUUAGAUCACUAUGAACUAUGACUGCAAACACCAAGUACAUUUUACAAAUUUCUUCCUUGUAUGUUGCAAUUUCAAAAAUGAAGCUGAAUGAAUUCCAUCACUGUGUCUCGUUACACAAAAUUUACCACUUCUUCACCUGCUCGGAUGCCCCCAGUACCAUGCUUCUGAAAUAUGUUCAUAUUUUGCCAAAGUGUGUGUGAGUCUGCGUUAACUGCAUGUGUUCAUGUUUGUGUAGUAAGAAAACCAGCUGUGUUGACCACACACACACACACACACACACAGAGUGUUCUUCCAAAUUCUUCAGAAUAUCAGUGAAGGAUUUCAAAGUCCUCUUUUCCAGAAGAAAAGUUCUCGGAAGGCCUUAUUCAGAAACACGAAAUUCAUUAUUCGGAUUUCUCCAACAAAAUAAAACAUUACGUGAAUAAAAAUGUAUCGGAACUGUUUGGUGGAGAAUCAACCGUUUUCACGGAUUUCAUACAACAGUCGAGUCCUUGCAGUAUUUACAUAACUUUGUUAGAAAUAUUUCCAAAACCGAAUAUACAAUGUCUCUUCGUAGUACGCGGCACAACUGUCAGCCGUAAACUCCCGACAAAUUUAGAAUUAGAGUGUAUAAACCGUCAGGUUUGUUUUUAUUUAUAACAUUGUUAGACGUGUUGUUUACACCUAUGUGCUCAACGGAAGAAUACUAUAGACCUUAUUUAGAUGCGAUUUUUAUCUUCUUUCCUUCUAAAGCAGUUGCUGUAUGUCUAAAAUCUUGCUCUGUUCCCUGUUAUUCCUCAGUUGUAUUUGUUGUAGUUUAUCUAUGAUGU